UGAAAACAUAUAGAGGUUUCUUCUUAGACGGAUUAUAUGUCAGAUUCAACAAAACAAACUUUAACUUUCAAUUACGCUCGUACGAUGUAAGUAUGUCGCCCGAAUUCAGCCUUGGAUUUGUUUCAAUGUUCCAUGGGAGAGCACUCUGAUAUAAAUAAAGACAAAAUGGCGGACAAUGUAAGUUGUGAGUCGGUGAAAACACAUGAGGAGAGUAAUACGAACGAAAAGGACGAUACAAAUAAUGAUCCGUCACCAGUUUGUGAGAACAAUACCGUGAAGGAAGACAGCUUUAAAAUCCCAGAGGGCAUAUGCAAAUUAAAAACGACAGAUAAACCUAACACAGAGCCAGGCGAUUCACAAAACAACUCUGCUCAGACUACUGACAGUGAUACUGUCGCCAGUGACAAACUAAAAAGUGACGGUGACCGUGUUACAAAACAACGCUUACCACAUGUGAAACCUGCCGAACUUUCUCCAGAUGAAAUAUUAAAACAAGCACAGAUAGCUUUUCCUUACAAAGAACCCACAUGGAGCGGGAUACCAGAAGAACAAUACAAUUUUGAAGUUUUGAAAAAUGGAGCAAUAAUUGACACGAUUAACUUGACAGGAACAAAACCUUUUUAUGUUUUUGGGAGACUGCCCAGUUGUGACUUUACUUUAGAACAUCCUUCUCUGUCUCGUUACCAUGCCGUCUUACAGUAUUGUCAGGAUCAUACCGACGAGCACAACAAAGGCUGGUACUUGUAUGAUUUGGACAGUACGCACGGAACAUGGGUUAACAAAAUAAAAGUUAAGCCCAAAGUUUAUCAUCGUGUUAGAGUGGGCCAUGUUGUCAAAUUUGGUGGAAGUACAAGACUUCAUGUGUUACAAGGGCCAGAAGAUGAUCAAGAAGAAGAAUCCAGUUUGUCGGUAACAGAGUUAAAGGAGCAGCGAGAACAUCACAAGAGAGAAGCGGAAGUACUGCGACAAGCUGAUAUGCAGGAAGAACAGCUGAGAGUUGACUUAGAGCAACAGAGGCAUGACAGUGAGGGAUGUUCCUGGGGCAUCGGUGAAGAUGCUGAGGAGCCUGAAGAAGGGAAUCCUCUUGUGUCUCUGGUACCAAAGGAUGAACACCUCUACGUUGAUGACCCAAAGAAAGCUCUCAAAGGAUACUUUGAACGGGAGGGAUAUGACCUGCCAGAUUAUCAGUUUGUUGAAGCAGCCACUGGCAAGCAUAAGUGUACAGUUGAACUCCCUGUAGACAGUCCCACCGGUGAACCGAUUGUUGCAGAAGCUGUUGUGUCGGGAAAGAGGAAGGAUGCUGUUGUUGUUUGUGCGCUGGAGGCCUGCAGAAUCCUCGACAAGUUGGGAGUGCUCAGAGCAUCGAAACAUGCGAGCAGACAGCGUAAGGGAAAAAACUGGGAAGAUGAUGAUUUUUAUGACAGCGAUGAAGACACGUUUCUCGACCGGACAGGAACUAUUGAAAAGAAACGGAUACUACGAAUGAAGAAGUUGGGAAAAUCACAACAUGACAAAGCAGAAACAUUUGCAUCUCUUUCAGAGAAACACAAGGACAUUUCUAACCAAAUAGAAGAAAUAGAGAGGAAAUUAGCACAAGCUAAAGCAGAUGCUGCAGUGUUUGAGGACGAGGAAGAGGAUGCGCUGGAUGCGUACAUGUCGGCCAUCAAGUGUGGUGUCAUGGACACCAAGACUCGGAUGUCUCUCAAACGCCAGCUCAUCGAGCUCAAGAAAGAAGAGAUCAGGCUGAGGCGUCUCGUUAAUAUUGCAAAACCGGCCACACUUCCAGAGAUAAUUAGACCAGUGCUGCAGAAUAAACCACUGGUUAAGCCAAAUUUAGCUCUGGUGGGAAGAAUGAAAAUGCAUAAAACAAAUGUGAAGAAACCAGUUGCUCAGCCAGAAAAAUUCACACCAGACGAACAUGGAAGUGGAGAGGAAGAAGAUGAAGAUGAUGAAGAUUCAGAAAAGAAAUCAUUUAAAGACAUUUCUGAUGAUAAGACAGACUCAGAAACUGAGACAAUGAGAAGCAAGAGGCUAGCUGAUGAGGAAAGCCCUAAAUCUGGGUCUGAUGAUACACAAACAGAUCUCACAGUACAGAAGAAAUCAUCAAAAAGAAGUUCCAGUGAAUUAAUAAAAAAUUCAGAGAAAAAGUCCAAAAAGACUGGUACAUUGAAGGAUGACUAUGAUGUGUCAGAUCCGGAUUAUGCUGUUUGGAUGCCUCCAAAAGGUCAGUGUGGAGAUGGCAGAACACAUUUAAAUGACAAGUUUGGUUACUGAACUCAAGAGAAGGUCAACUGUUUAUUUUAACAACAAAGAAGACAGUUGAACGACAAGUUUCAUUGACAACAAAGUCGAAAUGAGAUAUUUUAGCAUCACAGAACACUUUUAUAUGACAAGUAUAGUUAUUGACUUCAAGAGAAUGUCGAGGAGUUGUUUUGACAAAAGUCAUUUAAAUAGCCAGUUUGGUUAUCGACCUCAACAAAAUAUUGGCUAGUUGAUUUUCAUAUCUCCGAUAUCAAAGAACACUUUUAAAUAACAAGUAUCGUUGAAGACAAAAUGUGAUGGUAAAUACAUUUUUUUUACAUCAUAGAACAGAUUUGAAUGACCCAUUUGAUUAGCAAAAUGUUAACAAUGUUUAAUUCAUGGAACCUGAAGUUACCAGAUAUGUCAAAUUAUGUACAGUUUGUUAUAACUUAUAUAGUGUUGAUGUUACAGUUGGUAUUGUAUAUACCUGUAAAUAAAUGUAUAAAUAAACUCAAUUUCCAUAA